CCACAAAAUAAGCUCUCUCUCUCAAUUCCUUUUUCUUAUUUAAAGUAUAUUAAUUAGGUUGGUUUAUCCAAAAAAAAAAAAAAAAACUAUUAAUUCCUACUAAGGUACUAAGUUCCUCUAUCAUCACUUUACAGAAACCCAAUUACCCAUCAAAUUUUCAUCAAAAAAUCCCAUCAGCCCUCGUCAAAAAUAACCUAAUAUUGAGAUUCUAUUGUACUAUGGCAUCCAUCUACGAGUACUGCGUGUGGCAGGAUUCCUCCAACACCCACAAUUCUUUGCCAGUCGACAAUUCCUCAAACCCUCCCACUACUGAUAGCGACGACAUACUCGACAUCCAUCUCCACUUCCACCAUCUUCUUGAAAUACAUUACCCUGAAUAUGCUUCCAUUCCCUUGACCACAACCCGCAUAUCAUACCCUCUUCCACGCAACCUAUUCUUGUCUCAAGACUCUGGCUCAGUUGUUGUAGACGCUAUUCUUUCCACCACUGGUGUAUCAAGAGACUUUAUUGACUCCGUCAUUCCUGAUGUUUCUUCGUUCGCUUUCGACAUGGUUACUCAUCCAUACAACAGCAAGGUUAGGGUACUAACCAUGGGUUUGGCUAUCUUUGUUGUGACUCCUUACGAUGAUCGCCAAGAGAUAGAUCGUGCUUUAAGUGAAGCAAUGCAAGAAAAUCCAAGAUUUGAGCCCUCGAGUAAAUCUUGCAUUGAGGGUUUAAAGAGGGUUAAGCUUGUUAACGAUUCCACCACGAUGAUGAAGAGAUGCGCGAUAUGUUUGAAGAAACAAAUGAUUGGUCAAGAGGUAAUAUGCUUGCCUUGUGGGCAUGUUUUCCAUGGAGAUUGUAUUGUUAGGUGGCUAGAGACAAGCCAUUCGUGCCCUUUAUGCAGGUUUUCGAUGUCCUUUUAGUCAUUGAUCAAUUGUAAUUAAUUUCUAAUAUUGCAAUUGGAUCUCUAAGAUGUUCCUAUGUCAAUAACUAAUAUAGUGUUUCUUUUCUUCUCA